AUGCAGGAGCUUGGGUUUGGUUUGACGGUCAGUCGAAUCAGGCACAUAGCAUACUCCCUUGCUGAGAAGGAGUGUGCUUCAAACAACAAACCGUUUCCAUUCAGCGACAAGAAAAAAUGUGCCAGUUGGAAGUGGUGGCGUGAGUUUCGUCGCAGAUACAAUUUAGGCCAAAGAACACCCGAAAAUUUGUCCCAAUAUCGGGCAAACAAUUCUAAUAGGGUGUUACUCAAUGAUUUCUACGACAAACUCUCUGAGGUUUAUGGAAAGUUUCCAGAAGGCAUCAAACCUCAACAAAUUUGGAACUGCGACGAAACGGGGCUGUGCUACGUUGUGAAGUCUGGACGAGUUGUUACAAGAAUAGGCAAGAGGUUCGUCUAUAAUCGAGUAAUUGCUGACAAGGCUGAAACUCACACCGUUUUACCUUGCAUCAAUGCCGCAGGUGAAUUUGGACCUACUUUACUGAUCUUCAAAGGCGCUAGAAUGAUUGAUGGUUUGAAAAUUGGGGCGCUUCCAAAUGUAACAGUUGCAGUGUCUCAGAGUGGCUGGAUAAACUCAGAGUUAUUUCUGAUGUGGUUUCAAAAAUUUGUCCAGGGGAUUUCCUCAGCAAGGCCUGUGGUGCUAUUAAUGGAUUCACAUGCAAGUCACACAACUCCUGAAGUCAUUGCAAUGGCUUCAAAGAAUGAUAUCAUAAUUGUAACAUUUCCAAGCCACACAAGUCAUUUGCUACAGCCUCUGGAUGUAGCAGUAUACCGGCCUUUGAAAUUGGCUUGGCAGAAACACCUGAGGCAGUUUCAAGAAGGUAAUCCGCUGAGAAGACCAGGAAGAUUCGAUUUCCAUGGGAUGUUCAGUCCCGCUUUUCUGGAAGCAUUCAGCAGAGAAAAUAUCAUUUCUGCAUUCUGCAAGGCUGGUGUUUUCCCACUAAACAAGAUGAAAAUUCCUGAUGAAGCCUUGACAACAAACGUGGAUAACAGGUGUAUGGAUGAAAAUUCCCUGUCAGUCAGCAAUGCACCUGCUACAAAGGAAGGCAUCGAUGAUGUGUUAAAACUACCUGAUUUUACAGCACGUGCUCCAAAACCUGCAAGGAAGAGGCGUGAUCCAUCAGCUGCAGUUCAUCUUCCAGGGGAGAAAUCAUGUGGUAAUACUUCCACCGCCAGUACCAGUUCCAGUACUAGUGACACUACCAAAUCCUGUGUCAGUGCCAGUACCAGCAGUUUGGUUAAAGCCAAAAAGAACACCAAUAAGAGCAAAGGUGAAGCUGAAGAUGAAUGGAAUAGUAUGCUUGAUCGAAAUGAAACCGAGUAUUUGGCGUAUUUAAACUUCCCUUCUUGA